UCCAUUUCGUUCCGACGCUUUCAUUAAUAUAAAAGCUAUGCCCCAGUAAAAAUUACUACUACUACUACAUGAACUCACGGGGUUGAUACAAUUCAGAUUGUAGACGAUAAAGAUGGAAACUCAGGCAGCAUCACCGGGAUUAGGAGUGUCACUGCAACUGAAAGAUUGCAUAGAAGAGCUGCUGAGGUUCACACUUUCUUCCUCCGUAAACGGCACUUUUGAAAUAGACAUAGCUCUCUCCAAAGAUUACUGCUCCGCCCUCUUACAAGACGAUCCUUCCAAUCUCUUUCCCAAUUCCACUGACCUUUCUGAAGGAGUUCCAUCAUAUCCUUUAUACAAGCACCUUGCAGCAUCCUUAUAUCAGGCUAUAUCUUCUGAAGCCUUGCCAAGGACAGAAUACAAACUUGCAGUAAUGCAUGAGUCCAGUUCAUUGAAGCAAAAGGAAGAAGAGUGGACUGGUGUGAUAAGGGCAAAAGGUUCUCAUUUGCUAAAUGUGCUAAAAUCUGUGGACUUUGAACUCCAUGUUCAGGAACCUUACUUCUCCCUGCUUAGAAGUAUAAAAUAUCUUGUUUGUGCAGAUGGACAGAAAACAAUUGAAGGAAGAUGUGCUGUUGGACAUUAUAAUAAAAUUGAACCAGGAGCUUUCAUCCUCUUCAACAAAUGUUUACUUCUUCAAGUUCAGGAUGUCCAUCAUUAUCAUUCAUUUCGUGAGAUGCUAGAAGCGGAGAGUCUUCAAGAACUUCUUCCUGGAGUGGAUACUGUUGAAGAAGGUGUCCAAGUUUACAGGAAAUUUUACCCAGAAGAGAAAGAAAGGUCAAAUGGUGUUCUCGCUAUCUGUGUUAAGAAGCCAGUUUCUCAGCCUUCCAUUUGUCUGGGCACCAUGCUCUCUGAACUGAGCUAUGCAGGUGUUCAGAAGCUUUUAGGAUUUGUAUGUACAGUUGGAACGGUUUCUGAGGCACUUCCACCGCCAGCAUCAACUCUUAUCUCAUCAUUUUUGUUGCCACAUAAUCCAAAUGCUAAAGGUUCUACAUUAACCGAUGGAGCUAGGGCGAUGUCAAAGCAUGUAAACAGGAGCAGCGACAGCUACUGGGGUAGUUUUUCUGGAAGUGAUUCCAAUAAAAAUAGGGUCGCCCUGGAUGUUAUCAGCGAUUUAAUAACUCAUUGCUGCUGGAUAAAUGUGCAUAUUGUUCCACCACAUGGGGUUGUUUUUGAGAUAAGAGUUGCUAAUGGAUAUGGUGCACGGUGGUCCAAAGAUGGAAUUAAGUUUAUAGGUUUUCUUGAGCCCUAUAUGGAGGAUGGCUAUUCAAAGGGAUGGAGGCACUGAAUAGCAGCAGACACUGUUAAAUCUUUGGUAUUUAUAUGUAAACAGAGAACUCCGCUAGUUCUGUACUUCUCUUCUCAUUUGUCAUGGACUGCGCAUUUUACGCUGAUAGCAAAAAAAUUUAUUCACAUUGUUAGUGUGUAAUUGUAGCUCAUCCCAUCUGUCUUUCGGAGCUCCCUGAUCGUUUGGAUUAUUUGAUUGGGCUUUCAAUGACAUCAAAUUGACUUGGAGCAAUAAUCAAAUCGGACAGUGUUGUAUUUGGGUCAGACAAGAUAGAAUCCUUUUAAAUAUGGAAAUGAUACCAGGUAGCCAUUUUAA